UCUGGGCGGAGUCACGCCCUGGGAUGUAGCGGUCGAAGAUACUUUACCUGGCUUGUGACCCUGGAGUCUGUCCAGAACCUCUUUGCAGGUGAAUUUCACCCAGGCUUUCACAAACUGCUUGCUGGAUGCACAUUUGAGCGUUUCCAGUAGGCGAAGCUGACAAGUCCCCGCAGCAGGAAGCAAGGGUCCGGAGGUUUCAUGUGAGGAGCAUAUGCCUGAACUUUUUACCCUUUUAGCUUGCUUGAUAUAUAGGUCCUGGCUCCACAAGAGUAAGACAGAUCUGUGAUGUGAUUACAAAGAAGCCUGAGGAACAGAUAUCAUGGAAGGAGACUUCUUAACCUGAGACUUACCUGAGAAGCUGGAAUCCUGGAAAAGAUUGGACACUGGAGUUGCUGGACCCACAGACUGUCUUGACCAUUGUGCUCAGAGCUAGCAAGGUGUGAAUGUCAUCUCAACCUUCGAUGUCAGCAAUAGCUGUCUAACAAUGGACCAUUCAAUCCAGACAAUGGAAAGGAAAGCUUCGUGUUUUUGGGACUCUGCUCUUACUCAGGAAGAAGAGGAUACAGCCAGAUUUCUUGAAACAGUAACAUUUAAAGAUGUGGCUGUGGACCUUACCCAGGAAGAAUGGCAGCAAAUGAAACCUGUUCAAAGGAACUUGUACCGUGAUGUGAUGCUGGAGAACUAUAGCAACCUAGUCACAGUGGGCUGUCAAGUUACCAAACCAGAUGUGAUCUUCAAGUUGGAACAAGAAGAGGAGCCAUGGGUGAUGGAGGAAGAAAUGUUUUGGAGGCACUCUCCAGAACCCAGAAGAAGAAGAGAGAAUUGUGCAUUGAAAGUAAUGGUGAAGGGCAUGAACUUCAAAGAUGUGGCCAUUUACUUCUCACAAAAGGAAUGGGAAUGCUUACACUCUGUUCAGAAGGCUUUGUAUCGAGAUGUAAUGCUGGAGAAUUACCAAAACCUGAUCUCACUGAGACUUUCUGAUACUACGCCAAGUGUGAUCUCCUUAUUGGAGCAGGGAAAAGAGCCCUGGAUGGUUUCUAGGAAGGAGAUAAAAGGAUGUUAUCCAGAUUGGGAAUCCAGAAGAGAAAUUAAGAAUUUAUCUCUGGAGAAGAACCGAUAUGAAAUUAAAUCAUUACAACAGAAUACAGCAAAAAAAUUUACACACUCCAACCCUGAGCACACCAGAGUCAGAGGUAGCAAAUUCCACUUGGAAAAACAACAAGGGCAUCAGGAGGGACAAUUCAGAGGAGCCAUAAUUACCUCUAAAGAAAAGCCAACUUCCACUCAGAGUACAGCCUAUAGAAACCCUCAUAGGAUUAAUACUGGAGAGAAAUCUUGUGAAGGCAAGAAAUCUAAGAAAGCUUUUGAGUCCCAAUCACAUCCUAUUCAACAUGAAAGAAUUCACAAGGAAAAAGAUUCUAAAUGUGGAGAAUGUCAGAAAGUAUUUAAUAGUAGGUCAGACAGGAUUAAGCAUCUGAAACUUCAUGAAAGCAGAAAAAAGAAUGAAAAUAAGAAAUUUUCCUCUACUCAUGACUCUGAAAUUAUUCAGGCUAAGAGCAUUCAGUCUGGUGAGAAACCAUAUAAGUGUAAAGAAUGUGGGAAAGCCUUUCAUUCUAGCUCCCAACUUAGUCAACAUCAAAAGAUGCACAUAGGUGAGAAACCCUACAAAUGUAAGGAGUGUGGGAAGGCCUUUCGAUCAACUGCACAACUUAAUCUUCAUCAGAGAAUUCAUACUGAUGAGAAGUUCUUUGAAUGUAAGGAAUGUGGGAAAGCCUUUACCCGCCCUUCACACCUUUUUCGCCAUCAGAGAAUCCAUACUGGUGAGAACCCCCAUAAAUGUAAGGAAUGUGGGAAAGCUUUUCGUUAUGACACCCAACUUAAUCUUCAUCAGAUAAUUCAUACUGGUGAGAGACGCUAUGAAUGUAAGGAGUGUGGGAAGGUAUAUAGUUGUGCCUCACAACUAAGUCUGCAUCAAAGGGUUCAUACGGGUGAGAAACCCCAUAAAUGUAAGGAAUGUGGCAAAGGCUUUAUCUCUGAUUCACACCUCAUUCGACAUCAGAGUGUUCAUACUGGAGAGAAACCCUAUAAAUGUAAGGAAUGUGGGAAGGCCUUUCGUCGUGGCUCGGAACUUACUCGACAUCAGAGAGCUCAUGCUGGUGAGAAACCCUAUAAAUGUAAGGAAUGUGGAAUGGCCUUUACUUGUAGCACAGAACUUGUUAGACAUCAGAAAGUCCACACUGGUGAGAGACCACAUAAGUGUAAGGAAUGUGGGAAAGCUUUUAUUCGAAGAUCUGAACUUACUCAUCAUGAGAGAAGCCAUAGUGGUGAAAAACCAUACAAAUGUAAGGAAUGUGGGAAGGCUUUUGGUCGUGGCUCAGAACUUAAUCGACACCAGAAAAUUCAUACUGGUGAGAAGCCCUAUGAAUGUAAAGAAUGUGGGAAGGCCUUUAUUCGUGGCUCACACCUUAGUCAACAUCAAAGAAUCCAUUCAGGACACAAGAGUGAAUGAUAAAAUGUGAGAAAGCAUCAGGAUUUGAUUGACAUCAGGAAAUUCAUACUAGUUAAGAAAAUGAUUAUGAGGAAUGUGGAAAAGUAUUUGAGGUUAUCAAUUUAGUGAAUAUCAGAAUUUGUACUAUGGAUGAAAGGGCCUUAUUUAAGGGCCAGAAAUGGUCUAAUACUAGUUAAUACUACUGAGAAACCUUAUAAAUAUUAGAAAUUAGGAGGGGUUUAUUUGUUUCAGAUUUAUUCCACUGUGGUUUUUUUGGGGAGGGGGGUGGUAUCAGGGAUCAAACUCAGGACCUUGUACUUGCCAGGCAGGUACUGUGCUGCUGAACUACAUCCCCAGCCCUGUUUCAGAGUUAUUACCCAUCAGAGUUCAAUUAGUGAAAAACUGGAAAAUUCCAUGAAUAUAAGAAAGUAGGAUGCCUUUUUGGUGGGUCUAAGCCAACUCAACCUCAGGGAAUUCAUAAUGGGGAGAAGCUUGGGAGGACGGUGAAUGUGUCAGAGAAAUGAACUAUUGGAACCUUUGUAUCGGGGUCAUUACCUGUUAGGGGAAAUCAAACAAUUCCUAAUAUAAAUGCCAUAUAUAUGGGACAACAAUUUGCUUUAGUUAAGCUAUUCAUCUGAUAAUUCAUACUGGAAGAAGGUUAUAUUAGUGUUUAAAAUGCAGCAUAUUCUUCCAUCCCACCCAAAUUUUGUUACAUAUUUGCAAGUUAAUUCUAUAAAAUUAACUUGAACCAAAUCAGAGUAGGAAAGGAUUUAACCAAAGCUUUUUUUUUUUGGUACCAGGGAUCAAACUCCGGACCUUGGGCUUGUGAGCCAGGCAGAGGGACCACUGAGCUAAAUCCCCGGCCCCAAAGCUUACUUUUAACUGGCCCUCAUCAUUAAAGAUUUAGGGCAGAUUACUUAACUACAUCUACAUUUUCUCAUUUACAAAUUAGAAACACUAGUACCAUAUUGCUUACUUGUAUUUAUGAGGAUUAAAUACACUUAUGUCCUUUAGAAUAGUGUCCAGCUAAUAUUGAAAGUAUGCUAAAUGAUAGCCACUUCUGUUAUUUUUCUUUCUAUUAUUUUUACUAAUUGUAUUUUUAGAAGAUCAUAUAAGAGGAAGGCCUUUAUACAUCUAUUGAUAGGACAUUUUGCAUUAUCUCUUUUUCUUUGUUGAAUGUUAGGUAAUUCAUUCCACAGAACAAUUUACAGCCUUCAUUCAUUCAUAGUUUCCUCUUUUGCCUGCCCCAAAAAGGAAUUCACAAAUCUCAGUAGGAGAGAGGUGCGUUGCUCCAAGGGCAGAAAGAUAUAGAUGAUUUAUUAAAACCUUCCCCAAAAAACAGAAGGUGUGCUAUAAACUCUGAGUUCUGUUCUAGAGAAUUAGAAAACAACAAAGCCUUAGACAAAAGCUCUGUCUCUACUAGGAAAUUGUAAAGAUACUAGUAUAAUUUUAUAUUCAAAAGGAAAUUAAAGAAAAUUAACAUUAGGAAUAAAUAACAAAAAGAACACUACAGGUUGAAAUUUAUAGGAUAUGAAUAAAGCUAUAUUCUCAGGGAAAUCAACUUCCUUUAAUACUGUACAGGGAUAAUAAGGGUCAGGAGUCAUUCUGGCUUCAUUCUACCUGGUGCACUACCUAUUCCUAGCAAGUUCUCAGUAAAUGUUUUCUAACAUUUUUUAGUACUAGGGGUUGAAUCCUUUUUAGGGAAGCACUCUACCACAAAGCUACAUCCCCAUCCCUUUUUAAAUUUUUGAGACAAGUUGCCCAGGCUGCCCUGGAACUUGUGAUCCCCCUGCCUCAUAUAGCUGAGACUACAGGCACGUGCCACUGUACCCAGCCUAAGUAAAUAUUUGAUCAAAGGAAUGGGAGAAUGAAUGAAUAGAUAUAUUCAACUCCAGUAUAUGGAGAAGCUCUAACAAAAUAAAUUUAAGGCAAAACCAAAACAUUGAAAACUUUUUCUGAAAGAUUAUAUCCUACAGUGAAAAAAAGUAGACAUUUCAGAGAUAUAAAGCUAUACUGAAUUAGCAGAUACUGUUGGUUUUGCCUAUUACCAUUCUCUCUUUGCCAGGAUCACCUGCCACUACCUCAAUCUAUAAAUGCCAGAUGUUUAUUCUCCUACUUUCCUUUGCAUCUGGUCAAAUGUAUAAUGCUCCUGGCCACAGAAGAUCUGAGCAUACAUCUGCAGAUGGACUUCAGUUAAUUUCUUUCUUAACAAAAUACAAGGAAAUGGUCCUAACUACGGGAUGCAUGUCCAUAUGGCUGUGUGGUAGAUGAACUUGUGGCCAUUUUGCACUCAGAGGGUCAAGGGGCUGAGACUGGCACAGGGGAUAGAUUAGAAUUAGUACCUGUGUCCUUGACCUUGUGGAUCUGAUGAAACAAUUCAGAGCCACCCUUUCCUAGGACUUCAGUGAAAUAAGAAGCUCUAUGCAUGUGUUAUAGUUUUUUUUUUCAUGUGUUAUAGUUUUAUACUCAGCUUCCCAGUCCUGAAAAGUUGCCAUUUAAAAAUAUAUUUUCAUAUAUAUAUACACACACAUAUUUAUUUAACUUUAGUAAGGUAAGAAAAUGUUUAUUCAGCUUUUUAUAGUGUACCUGACAUAACAUUUUCUUAAACGUAUGAAAUACAUAUAUUCAACUUUGAUAUAGUGAGAUAUAAGAAACACUUGUUUACAUUCAGCAUUUUACAUUCAGUAUAUAUUUAUAUCCUGCCUUUUAUAAUAUGUAUGAAAUCCUGGGGAAGUGUUAUUUUCCUAAUAAUGUAAGAACCAAAGAAACUGAAAAGCUACACAUCAUGUAAUCAUUUAGUUCCAAAUUAUCUUGCAGAUAAAAAUCUGAACUCUUCAAGAUACUGUACAAAGAAGUCACUGUGAUGAAGCUAGCAGAACCUUUUUACCAAAUUUGGAAAAGGACAGCAUCCAGAAUCAAAUACCAAUUUAUAAAAAAAUAAUCCCUUGUACUUAUAUGAAUAGUCCAAUUAAAUAGCAAGUCAAAUCUAGUAGCCUUUUAAAAGAACUUGAUAGAUUAUCCAGAAUAUUCAUGACCUGACCUGUCCAAUUGUCAAAAACUGUAAUACUUAAGUACAGUGUUAACACAUUGGAAACUACACACUAAAAAAUGCUGCCCGUUAAAAGCAAUAACAACUAUACAGCAAGUGUCAGUUGCUGUGGAGUCACUGCAGUUGUGCAUCUGACCAUACCUCAUUGUCUAGACAACAUUUAGAAUAAUCACCAUCCAGUAGAUUACACUUCUGCCCCACACUACAGAAAAAUAAUACAUAAUUAAAUAAGUUAAAUGUAUAUAAUAAUUGUGUGAUAAAAAUCCUACCUAAAUAUUAGUCAAUUCUUUAGAGGACAGUGCAUAACAAAAAUUUUAAGCAUUUUUAAAAGAUAAACGAUUACUAAAUCUUAUCUGUACUGAUAUAUUAAUUUCAUAAGUCUAUUCUCAAAAAUUUUAAGUACUCUAGUAUAUGUGCUGCUGAAGGGAGCACAAAAAUUUUAAGUACUCUAAAAGAAUUUGUACCUUUUAGAAUCUAGAAUUGAUGAUAACAGGCAAAAAUAGGUAUUAUAAUACUGAUAUUACCAUUUCAACACUUUCAGAGUUACAAAAAUGUUGAAAUGUCUUUCAUUUUCUGCUCAUAUAUACUUCUCUUUUUCCAGACAUGAGAAUUUUGUUGCAAGUUUAUAUGGCAUGUUUUUAUCAGAAACUAGAAGGAAUAUAGAAAGAUUUUUUUAACAAAACCAUGUACACACUGAGUUUUAAGUGGUGAAAUCUAGAGCUUUCCAUCCUUUUCUCCGUAUUCAAGAAGCACACCCACAUCUAGACUUGUUCUUGUAUCAUACAAGCUUAUGAGGAGAGUCAUUUGAAUGAGAUGUUGUGUGCACUGAUUGAAGUGCAGCUUCCUUUCCUCGUGUGGUAACAUACCUUGGGAAUUCUUCCCCAUCAAUACCUACAGAUCAAACUACUGGCUUUUUACAUAAUAGAGACAAACAAUAUAUACAGCCUAUUCCACUAAUGAAAGUUCAGUUUUGUAAUUUUACAAAUCAUUAUACCUCACAGUUUUAUUACAUAUGUACUGUUGAUUGUUGGUGCUUUUAUUUCUGUAGUAUAGCUGAAUUCCUAUCAGUUAAAUUCCUUGAGUUAUCAAUGUACUGUAUUUAAAGUGUAAUAGUUGGUGCCUUAUGUUUGAAACUUGCUGCUAAUCUAAACAAGAAUAUAUGUUUAUUUCCUGUUUCAGCCAGCACUAAACUACUUCUAAGUUGAGUAAAGAAACAAAUGUGCCUUCAAUUUGCACUUUCUUAACUGCCAGUGAAGUUGAGCAUCUGCCAUGCCUAAAGAUCAUUUGACUUUUGUCUCUGUGAACUGUUUUUUAUGUUUCUUUUUUAAAAAUUAGAGUCAUUUUUAAAGCAGUUUGUAGAAAGUUGGCUGAAAUUAUAAUAUUGCCAUAUACUUUACAGUUUAUUUUCUCAGCCUAUCAUGUAUCCUUUGCCCUUUUUUUUUAAUAGUUCUGGGGAUUGAAUCCAGGGCCUUUGGACUGAGCUACCUCCUCUAUACAGCCUCAGCUCAUUUUUAUUUUUAUUUUCAGACAGAGUCUCACUAAAUCACCAAAUUGUCCAGGCUGGGGUGGAGCUCUUUCCUCAUGUGGUAACAUACCUUGGGAAUUCUUCCCCAUCAAUAUCUACAGAUCAAACUUUUGGCUUUUUACAUAAUAGAGACAAACAAUAUAUACACCCUAUUCCACUAAUGAAAUGCACCUGCCUUCAUCUCCAAAGUUCUGGGAUUACAGGGAUGCACCACCAUGCCUAUGUUUAUAGCAAAAGGAGUUAACAAACAUUUUGUGUGAAUGACCAGAUUACUUAUUUCAGGCUUUGUGGCCAUACAGUGUCUACACUGCCUUUUAGCGCAGAAGCAUACAAUAUGUAAAGUAGUAUUUUUCAACCACAGUUUUGCUUCCUUGGCCUACACCCCCAAUAGACAUUUGGCAAUGACCAAAGAUGUUGGGGGGUUGCAGCUGGUCGGAGAUCCUGAUCUGUUCCGUAUCCUACAAUGCUAUAGAGCUCCGCACAACAAAAUUAUCUGGUCCAGUUCUAAAGUUGAGAAAUCCUGAUCUAAAAGCAAUGGAUACACCUCUAUUCCAAUAAAUCUUUCAUGACAAGCAGCUGGCUACAUUUGGCCUGUAGGCUGUAGUUUGCUCACUUCUGUUUUAAAUAUCUUUUUUACUAUAUGCUACUUCUCUGGUUUUAUUCCUGAAUUGUCUCUUUCAUCCAAAUACUUUUCCAGAUUUUCUUCUAUUUUUUUACCUUUCAUUUUUCCAACCUAAAUAAUACCUAGUAUUAUCUGUGUAGUUACCACCUACUAAUUAACCAUGUUAUUUUUCCUUUUCGAUUAAAAUUUUAUAAAAGAAAUAAAUGG